AGAUGGUUCAAAGCGUUCUCCUUGUUUUUGCCAUGGACGCGGAAGCGCAGCCUUUGAUCCAGGCGCUGGGGUUGACGGAAGAUGCGCCGCCAAAGAUCGUGGGCCCCGCACCAUGCGUGACGUUCUCUGGUCAGCACGGCGACCUGCAGGUGCACGUUGUAUGGAACGGCAAAGACAAGGACACGGGUGUCGACAACGUUGGCACCGUUCCCGCAUCCCUCUCGACUUACCUCGCGGUGAUGGCAUUCAAACCCGACGUUGUCAUCUCCGCUGGGACUGCGGGCGGGUUCAAGGCCCAGGGUGCCGCCAUCGGAGACGUCUUCCUGGGAACUGCCGUUAUAAACCACGACCGGCGAAUUCCGCUGCCAAGCUUUGACAAGUACGGCAUCGGCUACAGCCUCUGCUUAGCUACACCAAAGCUGCGGUCCCAUUUAGGCUUGAAACAGGGCGUUGUGUCUUCGGGCAACUCCCUGGACUACACCGACAAGUGCAUGGAAAUCAUGGGCCAGCACCAAGUUGCGGUGAAGGAGAUGGAGGCGGCGGCAAUUGCUUGGGCCUGCAACCUGUACCACGUUCCGCUCAUGUGCGUCAAGGCAGUGACGGACAUUGUGGACGGAGACCGACCCACAUCGGAGGAGUUUCUGGAGAACCUGCACGCAGCUGCUGCGGCCCUGCAGGCCACACUGCCCCGCGUGCUGACGGAGAUGGCGGGCAAGAAACUGAGCGAGCUCUGAAGGGGGAGAGAGUGACGGGGAUGGUUACGGAAAGGGAGGGCGUGGGGCUAUGAUAUAACUGUGGAUGAGAGCGAUGGGGGGCUGCUGUGAGGGAGGUAGGGCAUUGCCGAAGGGAGAGAAGGGGGUGUUUGAAUUUUGAUGAGUACAGCUGCAUCGGGCGGGAGUUAAGUAGUUCUUGUGCGGCUACAAGUGAGCAGAAAAGAAGUGAGUACGGAAAAGCGGAGAGGUGACUGGAGAGGCGGUGUGGUGAGCCCGGGGUGGCAGCGGGUGUGCGGACGGUGGUGCAGAUGUGGAUCGUUGGGCCUGUCGCAAAAGGAAAAAAGGGACAGGAAAGAGGAGUGCGGUGACAACUUAUAGAGAAGAAUAUCGAAGAGUGUGCUGCUGUAUCUUUGUGCGUACGUGUGUAGGAUUAGUAAUUUGUUUUUGUAGGAGUUUGGGCAGCUUUUGGCGUCAUUAUCUUUUGCAGUUUGGCAGGUUUUUGGCAGGUUAUAGGGCUUUAUAGGGCUGCGCUAUUUCGCUUGCAGGUGUGCAGCUUUUCUUCUUUCUUUGAAGUCCUUUAGGGGAGUCCACAGCUACAGCCGGGAAAGGUGGCCAAGGGUAACAUAUGCACCCUUUGGCGAUUUUACUAGUGGCGU